UCGAAAGAAGAUUGAGUACUCGAUGCAGCUUAAUGCUUCUCAGAUAAAAGUUCUUCAGGCUCAAGAUGAUAUCGUUAAUUCCAUGAAAGAGGCGGUAUCCAAGGAGCUUCUGAAUGUGAGCCGUGAUCACCAUGUAUAUAAAAGGUUUCUAAAGGAUCUGAUUGUUCAGAGUUUGCUCAGGCUGAAAAAGCCUACUGUUUUGCUGCGUUGCCGUGGAGAUGAUCUUCAAUUGGUGCAGUCUAUGCUGGAUUCAGCCGCACGGGAUUAUUCUAAGAAAGCAAAUGUUCAUCCACCUCAGAUAAUAGUCGACAAUAUUGUCCAUCUCAUGUGUAUGGAGUAGAUCAUUUUGAAUGUAUCAACUGUAUUGAUACUUCCCAAGUGUUUUGGUUAUGAUGUACAAAAGGGGUAUUUGUACAUUCAUUAAAUUAACCUUUGUAAUGAAAAGUUGUGUAAUGAAAACAACUUAGUGCACAUGGUUUUGGAGAGAUUCCAUUGAAAUGAGAAACAAUAGUUCUUGAA